UCCCCCCCUUCUCCCUCUCUCUCUCCCCCCAAUUCUCCACCCCGCAUCAUCCGUCCCUCCUGUUCCUUCCUCGCCAAACCAAACCAAACCAAUCCAGACCAAGACCAGAAAAACUUCCCCUCCCCGUCUCUCUCUCCGCCCCUGCGUGAACCGCGGAGCAAGGAAGGAGGAGGCCCGUCGGGCUACUACUAAUCUCGGGGGUUCCGCCUCUGAUCCAUCCGGGCGGUUUCGGCCGUCGCUGCUGGGGGAGGAGCCGCGCGGGUUCGUGCGCGCCGGCGUCGGUGGGCGGGCGGGCGGUGGCGAGGUCGAGGGCUCGUCGGUCCUUCUCUCGUCGUCGGAAAAACAAAUCGGUCCAUCUGCCUCUGGUGACGGAUUUCUCAGAUUGCGUCGCGCGGUUGGGUUCUCCAGUGGGGCAAAGGCAGGAUUUUGAGCCACUUUGCCCCUAGAAUUAAAAUCUGAUUUAAUGGGCGACGAGUCCAAAAUGCGCCUGUAGCAUCAUCGGUGUGCCCUUCUGGUGUCGGGUUUUCGCAGAGGGUUUCCUCCAUCCAUCCUAUACAAGGAAGGAACGGAAUCCUUGGCUUGACUUCUCCAUGGCUUCUACUAAUUCCUAGUGUAGAGCUUCUAACUCCGGUCCAUUGUAAAUAUUGGCUGUAGUUGAGGAAGCUUUCGGCCUCCUGUGACCCCUCCCUGCAAAGAUGUCUUCAGCUGGUGUCAUUGCGCUUGCUCCGAUGACCGACGAGCUCGCCUUCUUGCCCAUCAGUUUUGAUGGCAGUCGUUCCGCACACUGUUUCUCCGGGUCACAGCUGCAGGAUUCCAUUCUCAUCUUCCUCGCUGUGCCUGGUGCGCCACCAAUGCCGAUGAGUGUGCUGGGCUCUGAUUCCAUCGCCUCGGUCAAGCUGCGCAUCCAGAGGUUCAAGGGCUUUGUGGUGACAAAACAGCGGCUUGUGCUUGACGGGCAUGAGCUGGCGCGCAACAACUGCCCUGUCAAGGAUUAUGGGCUUGCCGAUGGGAAUGUUCUGCACCUUGUUAUCCGCUUGGCUGACCUCCGGGUGAUCAACAUUGAAACAGCCAGUGGUAAGAAGUUUCAGUUUCAGGUGGACCAGACCCGCAAUGUCAAGUACCUCAAGACCAAGCUUGCAGUGGAGGGUGAUGAAGACCUUGAUAGCCUGCAGGAUGAUGACAAGCUCGAGUAUGAAGGUGAGGUGCUUGAGGACCACCAGUUGAUUGCUGAUAUUAGCAACAAGGAUGAUGCUGUGAUUCAUCUCUUCAUCCGCAAACCAGCAAAGGUACGAACACAGCAAGUUGAUAAGGAUACCGUGGUCACAGUUGACAACCCUCAGAAGAAAGAGAACCUUCAGAAUGAAUCUGUUCUAGUGACCCCUGCAGCACCAGCUGGUGUCAAGCUUGCUCCUAUUGAACCAAUUGUGAUUAACCGGAAGGUGAAGCUGUCAUCUGAGGUGCUGAAAAUGAUUGACUCAGCAAUAGCUGGUCUUGAGAAUGGGUAUACACCAGUUAUGUCGGCAGAAGGUUCAGGGGGUGUUUACUUCAUGCAAGACUCAUCAGGCCAGAAGAAUGUUGCAGUGUUUAAGCCCAUUGAUGAGGAACCUAUGGCUGAAAACAACCCAAGGGGUCUUCCACUGUCGACUGAUGGGGAAGGCAUGAAGAGGGGGACACGUGUAGGGGAAGGCGCACUAAGGGAAGUUGCGGCUUAUAUUCUCGACCAUCCAGUCGGUGAUCGUGAAUCAGGUCACGGUUCUGGGUUUUCUGGUGUGCCUCCCACAGCAUUAGUCCGAAGCUUACAUAGGGGAAAGAGCUUCAAGUUUGGAUCUCUGCAGAUGUUUAUGGAGAACGAUGGAAGUUGUGAGGACAUGGGUCCUCGUGCUUUCCCGGUGAAGGAGGUCCACAAAAUAGCAGUGUUAGAUAUUAGGUUAGCGAAUGCUGAUCGUCAUGCAGGGAACAUUCUAGUGUCCAAGGAAGAUGGUGCCACCUGCAAGCUGAUUCCAAUUGAUCAUGGUUAUUGCCUGCCAGAGAAGUUUGAGGAUUGUACCUUUGAGUGGCUUUACUGGCCUCAAGCCCGUGAGCGGUUUAGCAAUGAAACCAUUGCAUACAUUGAAUCGCUCGACGCGGAAGAGGACAUCAAGCUUCUCAGGUUCCACGGGUGGGAGCUGUCUUCGAGCUGCGCCCGUGUCCUGCGCAUCAGCACCAUGCUCCUGAAGAAGGGCGCUGCGCGAGGUCUCACACCCUAUGACAUAGGACGUAUACUGUGCAGGGAAACUGUGAAUAGAGACUCUGUGAUCGAGGACAUCAUCCAGGAAGCGGAGGACGCCGUUCUCCCGGGGACGAGUGAGAACCUGUUCCUGGAGACCGUGUCUGAGAUCAUAGACCGUCACCUCCUCGGCAAGUAAUAUCUGUUUAGAAACACUCAGAAUAACUGAUCUAGUUGUUCGUCUGUAUCCGGUUUGCUGUAAGUAUGUUUCACAAGGCACUGCCCCAGACCAGCUCCUCAUCAAGGGACUAAUGAUUUCAUUUGUUUCUAGCCCCAAACGAUUCCGUUUGUUUGUAGCCGCUCAAGAACAUUUUCUUCUGUGAAUAUAGAUGUCUGUGCUGCGUUAGUUCUUA